UUUUUUUUUUUCGCAGCUCUUGCAAACCUGAAUUUUUAGCAUUUCUCCCAAUGGAAACACCCAGCUCUUUCACGCCCAAGGUGCUCGAUCCGACAAAAGCCAGCAGCAAUGGCGACCUGGAGGCGUCAAAGAAGCCGGACGACAGCAAAAACAGCGACUCGAUCCUGCACGACUGCACACCGCCACCGCUCAAGCGGCGCCGGACCAGCAGCCAUGUGCUUCCCGCCAUCAUCGGCACCAACGUACAGCAGAAACACCCGGAGCCAAUGCGGAUAGACGAAGAGGUGCCUAAAUGGCAGCGAGUGACUGAGGACGUAUUCAGCGCCGUGGUGUCCAUCCGGUUCAGCCAGCCGAUGAACUUUGACACCGAGCCUGCAUUGACCUCAGAGGCCACCGGGUUCAUUGUAGAUGCACAGCGCGGUAUCAUCUUGACCAACCGCCAUGUGGUGGGUGCGGGACCGUUCGUCGGCGAGGCGAUCAUGUACGACCACGAGGAAGUCGAGGUUAAGGCCAUCUACCGCGACCCAAUCCACGACUUUGGGCUUCUGCAGUUCGAUCCGUCGCAGGUCAAGUACAUGAAGCUGAGGGAGAUCCCGCUCUCGCCAGAGCGCGCGCGCGUUGGAAUCGAUAUCCGUGUGAUUGGCAAUGACGCAGGCGAGAAGCUGUCGAUUUUGGCUGGAUCCAUUUCACGCGUGGAUCGCAACACGCCCGAGUACGGUGAGCUGACGUACAACGACUUUAACACCUUCUAUCUCCAAGCCGCAUCCAGCCUCAGCGGCGGCAGUUCGGGCAGUCCUGUUAUCGAUGUUCACGGCCAUGCUGUUGCCCUGCAGGCCGGUGGUCGUUGCGAAGAGGCGACAAACUUCUUUUUGCCUCUGGAUCGCGUCAAGCGCGCCUUGGAGCUGGUGCAGCAGGGCCAGGAUGUCGUGCGUGGCACUAUGCAGACCCGCUUCCUGUACAAUCCGUUUGACGAGGUCCGCCGUCUGGGCCUGAGCCGCGAGACCGAGGCCAUGGUACGCCAAGAACGUCCUGAUGGAAUUGGCAUGCUGACUGUAGCCACCGUCCUACCCGAGGGUCCCGGCAGCGUUGCUGGUCUGGAGGAAGGCGAUGUGCUGGUCAGCAUCAACGGCGACAUUGUCACACAUUUUGUCGACCUAGAGCGCCUGAUGGACGAUAACAUCGGCAAGCUGCUGCGGCUAGUCGUGGACCGCGGAGGCGUGGCCAAAGAGAUCGUGGUCGAGGUGCAGGACCUGCACUCCAUCACUCCAUCGCGCUUUGUCACUAUCGGCGGCUCGAUUGUCAACAACCUGUCGUACCAGCUGGCAUGCUCCUAUAAUGUGCCUGUGCGCGGCGUGUAUCUGUCAUCUCCCGGCAACCUGUUCUCAAUCAGCAGCUCCGACGAGGGCACCGUCCUGUCCAGCAUCGAUAAUCGCCCAAUCAAAUCUAUCGACGAGUUCAUCGACGUCGUCAAAUCGAUCCCUGACUGCGAGUUCGUUCCGGUUUCGUUCUACAGCAUCGAGGAUGUCCACACGAUGCACGGCGCGAUGAUACAGAUGUCGCACCAUUGGGGCAGUAUGCGGCUCUAUACACGCAACGACAAGACCGGGCUGUGGGACUUUACAAGCUUCAAGGAUUUCCCCAAGCCUACUCCCAUCGAGCCCGUCAGCGCAGCGAUCCUGGCCAACUCGAUGGUUCGUGUCUACUACCAUAUGCCAGUGCGCAUGGAUGGGUCGCGUGCCCGGCGGUGUCGCAGCUACGGUGUGGUGGUCGAUGCAGAGCGCGGCCUGGUCGUGGUCAGCCGCCGCACGGUGCCAAUCAACCUCGGCGAUAUGUACAUCUCAAUUGCUGAGUCUGCGAUCAUCCCUGCCAAGGUGCGGUUCUUGCAUCCAAGCCACAACUUCGCCAUCGUGCAAUACGACCCGAGCCACAUUGGCGACACGGAUAUCCGCGCCAUCCCUAUGUGCCUUAAGCCGUUGAAGCAGGGCGACUCCACCCGCUUGAUUUCAUACAGCCGCUAUGGAAAUCCAGUGUGCAUCAACACCGUCGUCAGCGACUCGAUCCCAAUCGUCAUCUCACCCAGCACCUUCCCCUGCUGGCGCUCAAUCAACGCCGAGGUCAUCACUCUCGAAAGUCCGCUCACUCUCGACCACCCGUCGGGCGUCUUGGCCAACGAGGAUGGAGAAGUGCAGGCACUGUGGAUUGCAUACCUGUCGUUUGACGCCGAAGGUAAGGACCGUGAGAUUUUCGCGGGCCUGCCUGUCAAGACCAUUCUGCCAGCGCUCCACCGCCUGCAGCAGGGCCAGGAGCCGCAACUGCGUAGCCUCAACAUUGAGGUUGGCCCAAUCAACGUCGCCCAGGCGCGCAAGUCGGGACUCAGCGACAAGUGGAUGCAGGAGCUCCAGCACAGCGGGCUUAACCGCGGCAGCCUGUUCUGGGUCAAGAGCGUCGAGACGGGAUCCAAUGCUAUGGGGGUGCUCAACGACCUCGACAUCAUCAUCACAAUCAACGGCAAGCUGAUGACCCGACUCGAGGACCUCGAUGCCCAGUACACGCACGACGAGCUGACCAUGGUUGUGCUGCGCAACAAGAAGGAGAUGGAGCUCAAGGUCAGGACCACAGAGUGUGGGCAGGGCACCAGCCGCCUGGUGUUUUGGGCUGGCGCCACUCUGCAGGCCCCACACAAGGCCGCGCUGCAGCAGUCGCGCAAGGUGCCUUCGGGGGUGUACACGACGGCGAGGUCCGCUGGCUCGCCUGCAUACAUGUAUGGGCUGUCCCCGACAAUGUGGAUCACUCACGUUAAUGGGCAACUGACGCCUGACCUGGACUCGUUCAUUGCAGCUGUCCGAGCGUGCUCCGACAACACGUAUGUGCGCAUUAAAGUCAUGACUUUUGACAUGGUGCCGAUGGUGCUCAGUAUCAAAACGUGCUACCACUACUGGCCCACGUCUGUGCUCACACUGGACCCCACUGCUGAAAGCGGGUGGCGCAGCGACAAGGACGACGAGUGAGCUGGGCCCUUCCAAAAUAGAUACAUUUUCUGGAACCACUAAAAAAUAACAUGCACCCCUGCCCUGGCCUUGGCUUGGACAAACGCU